AUGGCAGGAGAAAACAACCCCAACGUGGAGAGAAGAUCCCAAGACACUUCCUGGAAUUUGAGCCAGUUUGAGGUGUCAAGGAAUUUCCAUUCCCAGUCUCUGGAAGAGCUGUUAUUCAAAUUGAGUGCUAUUUAUGCCAAGCACAAGCAGGAUGACAAGCUUUCUGAUGUCCUGGAUGCAGUGGGGGAGUUUGGCACUUUCCAGCGGAGGCUGGUGGCGCUCACUUUCAUCCCCAACAUCAUGGCAGGCUUCUUCAUGUUUGCUGACCACUUUGUGUUUGUAGGCCACAAGCCCUAUUGCAAUAGCAGCUGGUUCCCGGCACUGGGCUCCAACCUGACAAAGUCUGAGCAGCUGAAUCUGACACUGCCCCGAGAUUCUAGUGACAGUUUUCUGAAUUGCCACAUGUACUUACCUGUGUCCUGGGAUCUACCUUCUAUUAUCCAGUUUGGCCUCAACUACACAGAUAAAUGCCAAGAUGGGUGGAUCUAUCCCAACACCCCAUUACAAUCACCGAACAAUGAGUUUGACCUGAUGUGUGACAUGGAGCACAACAAGAAAGUGGUGCAGAGCACGUACAUAGCAGGGAUCCUGAUGGGCUCUAUCACCUUUGGGAUCUUAAGCGACAAGAUGGGCCGCUACCCUACCAUCCUGCUGUCGCUGCUGGGCCUGAUCAUCUUCGGCUUUGGGACAGCCUUUGUGAACAGUUUUCGACAAUAUUUGUUCUUUCGCUUCUGCGUGUCUCAGGCAGUGGUGGGCUAUACCAUCACCAGUGUGUCUUUAGUUACUGAGUGGCUACUGGGUGAGCACCGGGCCCAUGCCAUCAUCCUGGGACACUGUUCUUUCUGUGUGGGGAUAAUAUUCCUGGCAGGGCUUGCCUACACUUUUUACCAUUGGCGGCUGCUGUUUCUGCUGGGAGGGGCACUUGUGUUCCCCCUCAUCUUCUAUAUCUGGAUGCUCCCGGAGUCCCCUCGGUGGCUGAUGAUGACAGGAAGUUUGAAGGAGGCGAGGAAGGUGCUGUGCUACGCAGCCAGUGUGAACAAGAAGACCAUUCCUUUCAGUCUGUUGAAGGAGCUGCACAUCCAUGGAAAGAGGGUGACUAAAGCAUCUGUGCUGGACUUUUGCAAAAAUAAGCAACUCUUAAAGCUGUCUGUUAUCUUGGCCAUUGUGUGGUUUACCAUGAGUUACUGCUUCUAUAGCCUCAGCUUCAUACUGAAAGACCUUGGCGUGAACAUAUACCUCAGACAGGUGUUCCUUGGCAUCAUGGGGGUGUCUGCCCGACUGUUCUAUGUCUUUCUCCUGGAGCAGAUAGGGACAAAGUGGACCCUGGCUAUGACUUUUCUCAUAGCUACCAUCAUGACCCUGAUCCUCCAUUUCCUCCCUGAAGAGAUAAAAUCCAUAAAGACCUUGGUGACUGUGCUUGGACAGUUCAGCAUGGCUGCCACUUGCACUGUGAUGUUCAUCUACAAUGCCGAACUUCUCCCCACCGUCUUCAGGACUACAGGUCUCGGGCUGGCCAUUCUGUUCUGGGGUGCUGGAUCCAUCUUAUCCCUGACAAUCAUCAGCCAUGCCCCCUCCCUCCUGGCCAUCUUUCUCUGCUGCAUCUCAGCCAUCCUGUCCUUGGGCUUCUCCUCUCUGCUGCCUGAACAGCAAGAUCAGGCUCUGGUCAAUAGCCUGGAGUACUUCCUACAAACGAGAAGCAGGAGUGAUGAUGAGAUGAGUGAGAUCAGCUUGUCUUCUCGGAUUGAGGAAGUGAUGAAGAACACCAUCUUCAAUGCCCAUGUCCAGAGACGGGACACACCCCUUUCCAACAAAACUGCCAUGAAGAAAUUGAUAGGCUCAGAAGACCGCAAUCAGGCUCCCUGA